AUGUCAUCUUCACAAAAGAUAUCACAAGCAGCAGCACAAGGAAUGGAAAAAGGGUUAUUAUUUAUCGAUAAUAAUCAUGGCCUCAUGUCUGGUUUAAAUAAUCCGUUGGGCGACUUUUUAUACCAACAACUAAGAACCAGUCCUCUUGGCAACUACACCAACUUUCUAUCUGUUGCCAUUAUUACAUUGAUGUUUUUGUUGACUGUAUCAAUGUCUUAUUUAAUAUUUACAAGUCCAUCAAUAGUUGGACAUGGAGAAAGAGAAAGAGAAAUAAGUUCAUCAUCAAAUAAGAAUAUUAAUAAAAAGAAACAACAACAACAACAGAAAUCACCAAAACAAACUUCUGUACAAAACAAGAAACAACCUGCAACCAAAGCAUCACCAAACAAAUUACCAUCACAAGAAACACCAACAAAGUUGGCACCAAUCGAAUCAGUUGCUAGUUUAUUCCCAUCCCCUAGUAAAGGUGCAUCUUCAUCGUCGUCUACAACUACACCAACCAAAAAAGCACCUGGUAGAAAAAAGGCAUCAGAAAAGACACCUAAAAAGGAGAUGUCUUCAAUGAUGCGUGAUCUUCCAGCACCAAAUUCUUCUAGAAAGAUUGUUCCACCUGAUAGAUACAAAGAUGUAUUUCAAAAUGGAACAGAUAAUUACGCAGUUAUACGUCAUCUGACUCGUUGUCGUUUACAUGAUGUGAUAUCAAUCGCUUCAACACCAAAGAUUAGAGAUAGAAAGAUGGCUUGGAAUUUUGAUUGGGAUAAUAUAUUUUCAUACCAAACGGUAAAGAUUGUAAAGAUUAGAGACAAGAGAUUGGGUAUUCUUCAUUUACUCUUUAUCACUGGUAUCGUCAUUUACAUUGUAUUGGGUACAAUCUUUUUCCAAAAGAGAUAUCUUGCAACUGAAGCUCCAAUCGGAUCAAUUAGAUCUUCAUUAUUGGCUCCAACAUAUAGAGAUCCAACACCACCAUAUUGUACAUCAUCAGGUAAUACAACAUAUAAUGGAUUUCCAACGAUGCCAUGUCAGUAUUGGGAUGAAACAUUGACAUUGUAUCCAUCGGUAGCAGACGAGUCAAUGUUUAUUUCAACACGUGUCACAUCAGAGAACCAGAUUGCCAACUGUUCACUGACUCUUCCCAACUGUACAUAUAAUAUUACCAAUCCCGACACUUUCUAUAUUGCCGAUGUCGUCAAUUUCACCAUUCUAUUUGAUCAUACACUUUCGGCUCCGGCCCUUGGUAUUCAAUACAAUGCUCGUCAGCUACCAGGUAUCCUUUUAAAUCACGAUGGUGAUGCUUGGACUCCUCCACCUCCAUCGGUCGUCGGUGUUGAAGGUCAAUACGAUAUCUUGACUCUUGGUGUAGUACUUGAAGCUGCUGGUAUUAGUUCAUUAGAUGAUCCAGUCAUCUCUGACACCAAGUACAAGGCCAUCGAACCAAUCUAUACCACCGAUGUCAACCAUCGUGUAGUAUUUAAUCGUCACGGAGUUAAGAUCAUCUUUAUCCAAACUGGUACACUCGGUGUAUUUGAUUUCCAAACGAUGCUUCUUACAUUUGUCUCUGGUAUUGGUUUGGUGACCGUAUCCACUUUGAUUGUCGAUGUUUUGGCUGUCAAACUCUUACCACAAAAAGAGAAAUACCAACAAUUGAAAUAUCAAGAAGCUGCUGUUGGUGUACCAUUAUUACAUGAUGGUAAUCAUAUAACAAAUACUACUGAUGAAGAAGAUGUUUAA